AUGAGGUGGAACUCCGUGUCUAACAACUGUGCUUGUCUUGUAGAUGUCACCUUUGGGUUUGUUGUUGAUGCUAAUACCAUGGCUUCCCCAGUUGACUCCCUUUCUUGCUACUUUGUUGCUCGAUUGGAGUCCCUUACGCUGAGCCUUACUUUUACCGUCACAGAGUACGCGUCGGUGUAUUUUGUGGGGCUACAGAGAAUAGUGGUUGAUCAAGUUGUAGGUUCUGGUAAAGGGGAAAUACUAACGACGGAAUUUGAAGGACAAGCAGCUUCCACAAGUAGGAAUGUGGCCCGUAAGAGCGUGUAUGGCAGUAACAGAAUCAAAUGCUUUGGGGUGGAGUUGUCACCGGAUAAUAUUGCAGUGGCGAUGGUGUACUUUGUUCAAGGUGUUCUUGGGCUCUCCAGACUGGCUGUCAGUUUCUACUUGAAAGAUGAUUUGCAUUUGGAUCCCGCAGAGGUUGUGGAUUCAAUGGUUGUAGAGAGGGCUCGUGGUGAAUCACAAAGCACAUCAGGAUCUCUUCAGUCUUUAUGUUGGGGUUCUUCAGCUUUUGGUGGGAUCGUUAGCUCUUACUUUAGCGGUUCACUGGUAGAGGCUUAUGGUGUAAGGUUUGUUUUUGGUGUCACGGCUCUUCUACCGCUUAUAACAUCUGCAGUUGCUGUCCUUGUUAACGAGCAGCCUGUACGCGUUUCAUCUCGGGGAAAUAUUCUUGCUCUCUCCAGUCCCAGUUUCCUGGAAACCUCAAAGCAUCAUAUUAUUCAGUUGUGGGGUGCUGUUAAGCAGCCCAAUGUAUUUCUUCCGACGUUGUUCAUAUUCCUGUGGCAGUCAACCCCACACUCGGACUCUGCCAUGUUUUACUUCACCACAAACAAACUUGGUUUCACACCAGAGUUUCUUGGUCGAGUCAAGCUGGUUACAUCAGUUGCAUCAUUGGCCGGGGUUGGAUUGUACAAUGGGUUCCUGAAAAAUGUCAGCUUCCAGAAGAUCUUUCUUGGAACAACACUUAUUGGUACAGCACUUGGAAUGACUCAGGUAUUUCUUGUUACGGGGUUCAACCGAACACUUGGCAUCAGCGACGAGUGGUUUGCAAUCGGAGAUUCCCUAAUCUUAACUGUCCUCGGCCAGGCUUCAUUCAUGCCAGUUCUUGUGCUAGCUGCGAAAUUAUGCCCGGAAGGAAUGGAAGCAACACUGUUUGCAACUCUCAUGUCGAUAUCAAAUGCAGGAAGCGUGCUCGGAGGUUUGGUUGGCGCUUUCCUCACUCAGGCUUUCGGAGUAACAAGGGACAGCUUCGACAACUUGGCGGUGUUGGUCAUUCUCUGCAAUCUCAGCUCGCUAUUGCCUCUACCGCUCCUCGGCCUUCUCCCCAACGAUACUUCUGAGUCCCCUUCAAAGGAAACGGAUGACGAUGACGUUGAGAUGAAAUCUAAUUGAUAGAAGAACAAACUGCUUACAGGGAGGGUAAUAUAUAGGUAUUAGUGACUGGAAGCAUUCAGUGACAGGGAUGAAUCAUAUAAUCCCUUAGCUUGUAACCAUUUUGAAUGGGCAACACUCUACUUAAUUUACUUUUCAUGUGUAUCAGACUCAGACUCGUCAGUUAUUUACUAACAUGCAGAACAUAAUUUACCUGCAAGGCAAUAUUUGAAACAGAAAACAGCUGGAGGCAGUUGAGGUCCCAUUUGGGCCUGGGGAAAGAUUGUGGCUCAACUGGGCUCCAGUUGGAUACGGAAAUCGGACGAAUCACUAGUCCAGAACCCAUGUCGAGCGGGAUUAAGCACCCACAUGGUGGGGGUGACAAGCGUUUCUUGUUUGUAGGUAGAGUUCAGGUUGAAUAUUUUUGUGUUCAAGUGUAGGUUGGGAUAUGUACGAGUAUUUGGUUUAAAAGAGAAAUACUUGUACGGUUAAUUUUUUCAUAGGCACUUCUGCACUUCUACUAUGCUAUAUAGUAUUGGUACUUUAACGUACAAC